AUGGCUUCGUUCGGUGAGGCCCCCGCAGGUGACGUCGGCAGCGGCGAGAAGAUCUUCCGGACCAAGUGCGCUCAGUGCCACACGGUGGAGCGCGGCGGCGCGCACAAGCAGGGGCCCAACCUGCAUGGCCUCUUCGGGCGCCAGUCCGGCACCACCCUCGGCUACGCCUACUCCACGGCGAACAAGAACAUGGCCGUCGUCUGGGAGGAGGGCACCCUCUACGACUACCUCCUCAACCCCAAGAAGUACAUCCCCGGCACCAAGAUGGUCUUCCCGGGGCUCAAGAAGCCCAAGGAGCGCACAGACCUCAUCGCCUACCUCAAGGAAUCCACCAUCGCUUGA